GCUUUACUAAAAACGUGUUAACGUUUUCGCUCCGUAGUUUACUUGGAUGGUUGCAGCGGUCUUAAUUGAAUAAGUUGAUUUAAGUAACAAAUUCUGGAAAAUGUGGCCCCGUUUUGGCAUUAAAAUUGGUAAUAGCACUUUCUGCAUUGCUCAUGUGAAGCCGUCAGAUACUUGGCCGAAUGUUAUAGCAAAUAAACAAGGUGAUAGAGUUUCUCAAGCGUGUUUGCUCUGGGAUGGCGGCAACGAAAUUGAAUGCGGAUUGACUGCUCAACAGAAAAUGGCUACGCGUCCUAAACAAGCUGUCGCUAAUUGUUUUCAGUUCUUAAAGUCAUCGGAAGAGUUAACAGAUGAUUUCCUAAGUAUUGCAUGUAAAACUAUACCCUGUAAUUAUGAUAAGGUUAAACACACGUUCAAAUUAAAUGCAAACAAGUCGUCAAAUAAUGAUGAGGACAUAGAGACUGUUAAGGAAAUGUCUCCCUUCGAAGUACUUGUAAAAUUGUUUGAAUGCGAAUUAGAAUUGGCAAAGCAGUAUUGUAGUGAUGCAAGUGAGACACCUGUUAUAGUGUUAUCGGUACCCAGUUAUAGCUCGACACGGACCCGUAGCUUAGUAGUCGAGGCGGCUGAAAAAGCUGGAUUUCAAGUGGCUCAAGCCGUUGAAGAACCUACAGCUGCUAUAUUGGCUUACGGUAUUGGCGAAGAAUCAUGCAAUGAUGAUGACACAAGGUACACAUUAACAAUUAAAUGCGGUGGUCUCUUUAGUCACUUUGCUUUAUAUGAAGUCAGACGUGGACUCUACACUAAGUUGGAUUGCUUUGGCCCAUUUGCCAUUGGCGGCGAGCAAAUCACCGAAGAAUUAGUAAAAUUCAUAUGUGAAGACUUUCAACGUAAAUAUAAAUUGGAUCCGAAUGAAAGUAGACGUUCCUUAGCUAAAAUACGUACAGCGGCUGCAAACUGCAAACACAUCUUAACCACUUUACCUUCUACUCAGUUAUAUAUAGAUUCUUUAAUGGAUGGUAUAGAUUUUAAUGCACAAAUGUCAAGAGCACGUUUUGAAAGCCUUAUACAACCAGUUAUUACCAAUUUUAUGCAAAACUUGGCGGAUGCUGUACAGAAGAUGCAACAAAAUUUCCCGCAAGCAAAAAAAAUUGAUGCAGUCGUUUUAUUAGGAGCAACCACCCAAGUACCGAAAUUGCUAUCAGCGAUUUCUGCUAGAUUUCCAGACGCUGAAAUUCAUAAUUCACUAGCAGCCGAUGAAAUAGUGGCAGUUGGUUGUGCACGCCAAACAUUGUUCCUACAAAAUCCCGAUAAUCAAAUACUCGAGGCAUUCGAAGAAUGCCUUUGUGUAGCAGAGGAAGUGGUCAUAUGGCAUGGUAACUCAAAAGAUGAAAUUAAUUCGCAAAAACUUCUCAAUCCAGGCGAUAUUCUACCAAAAACAGUUAUAUUGAAUAUAAAACUGAAGGAAUCGUGCUCGGACUCUGAUGUAUUUCAACUACGGGCUGGCACGCAAAUAAAAGAGGUGAAUAUUGAAAAGGCUGCUUCCAGUAUACCUGAAGAAGAAUUUGUACGUUUAGAAGCUGAAAUACCAAAGGUGAUCAACAAUUCGCCAGUGAUACGUUUAAGAUGUAUUUGAAGUUUCUAGUUUUUAGUAAAUGAUAGUUCAAA